GAUGUCGUCUUUGUUACUGUUCAGUACAGACUUGGAGUUUUUGGUUUUUUGUCAACGGAAGAUAAAAAUGCUCCAGGUAACUAUGGUCUGCAUGACCAGCAGGCUGGUCUACAGUGGGUUCAGGACCAUAUUCAUCACUUUGGUGGAGACAAGGAUAAAGUGAAUAUUAUGGGAUGUUCAGCGGGAGGUGCAUCAGUACAUUACCAUCUUCUGUCCCCAAGAGCAGCAGGACUAUUCAAUGGAGCAGUUUCCAUGUCAG